AUCUCUCGGACUGUUGCUGGUUAAUUGGCGGGAUUUGUUCAUUGGUUCGCUCUAAUUGCGCCAGGUGCAUUUGUCCCUGUUGAUUGGCUACACGGCGGCAAAGCCAGGGUACAUUUUCCCUUCCAGAAACAGCACACACUAUAGGCCUUCAGCUUCUCUUCCUCAUCGUAAACCGGUACCAACACCAGGCUUUGACCCGCAGCAGGAUGGCUUGUGAAAUCUGCAGAGAAAUCGAGCUGGAGCAGGCCGAAAAUACUGAGGACCGCGUUGUAAAGAGAGGUAGUGUGUUUCGCCCCGUGCUGCGCGGGCUUCUCUGGCCCUUCGGCAUCGUGGUGCGCACAUACCGCGGGUUUUGGUGGCUGUUGGGCUUCCGGCAACCACUGGAGAUCACCGUCGUCAGCCCCGCGGUCUGCAGCCCCGCGGUCUCCAGUCCCGUACGCCAUAGCCUCGCAGGCCGCAAGCGCCUCCACAGGCUCACCCGCCUACUGCUGUCCAUCCUGCCCCGCUGGGUGCAGAGCGCCAUGGGCUACCCGGUGUCCUCCAGCAUUGGGAGAUCCCUCUCACCAGGUAUCGUAGCUAAGAUCCGAGUCUCUCCUACUAAACCUUGUGGAAAGGGCAGCAAGAGAAAGCAGGAUGAGUUGGACGAGGAGGAGGAAGAAGAGAGUCAGACCUGGGUGGAGGCCCUCAGUCAGGAGCUGGCUGAUGACGACAGUCCAGAGCAGGAUCCUGACUAUGAGCCCACUACUGUAGACACUGAGAGUGAAGAGUACUGCUCACACAACGACACGGAAAGCGACUUUGACGUUGAGGAGGGUAUUGUCGUCUGUGACGCUGUGAACAUGGGUGUUCAGCUGGCCCCUCCAUCUGAAGUCUCUUUUGAUGAUUAAUUUGUCAUAUUGACAAUGCUGUAUUUCGGUGCUUUUGUAUGUUUAUAUUCAAUAAAUGUCUUUUCCUUGA